AGCUAACUUAUCGUCCAAAAACUAUUUUUGCCAAAUAUAUAGUCAUAGUCUCUUCUUUUCACUCUCCUAGCUUAAACCCUUAUUGACAAAAAAAAAAUCGAAGCAUAAAUCCAACUUCUCGUCGUGGAAGCUAUCUAGGGUUUCGUUCGCUUUGAAUUUUGAACAAUGGAAGAAGAAAUCGAAGUGAACGAAUCCAACGAAGAUUUCAGCAAUUCAAUCCUCUCUGAAUUCGGAAGCUCCACCAACCAAAGCCACCGGCACCUCUGCAGAUUCAUCAGAACAAUAUCAAAGAUGAUUAAAAGACACGAUCUACCUUCUUCACCGUUUAUAUACAUGACCGUAACCGUUUCUUGCCUCGAAGCCAUCUCAACUAUAACUAACCAUGAUAACCGCAUGCUCAACGUGCUUCUCAAACUUCUCUCUCUUGUCAUUGUUAAAGUGCCUGUUGAUGUUGUGAGGAAGACCAGAGAGUCUUCGUCGGAGCUUAUUGCGACGCUUAUUGUCUAUCCAUCCAUCUCUGAGACUGCAGUUGUUGAAGGAUUGAAGUUUCGUUCGCAUUUGUUCAUCAAUGGAGAAGAAUAUACUGUUCUUCCUUCUCAUGAUUCUCCGCUGUUCAAUGUGUUGUCAAAGUUUCUUACCGAUUCGAGACCUCAUGUUCGAAGGCAAUGUCAUUUGUGUCUCCGAAAUAUCUUGAUAAACUUCCAAAAGUCUCCGCUACUAGGAAUCGCAAGCGAAAGUGUUAUAAACUUACUUGAAAGGGUUCCAUUGCUUGCCGGUGGAGCAAAUGCAAAUGCUGAUGAAGGAACUAAGGGAGCCCAACAGGCUUUAUAUAUUCUUGAUGCCUUGAAAGAGUGUCUUCCUUUGUUGUCGCUAAAAUACAAGAACAACAUUCUUAAGCACUUCAAAUGCAAAUGCUGGUGAAGGAACUAAGCUAUUAUAUGUUCAAUGUUUUUGAAGAAAGUACUAUACUGUGUUGCACUUGUACACUCUUACCAAAAAAAAAAAUUCUCUCAAGAUACUAAACCCAUGGGUUUUGCUUCAAGUAGCUUUUGAAGUUUCCAAAUGGCUAAAGCAUGUGUAAUUUUGUAGAAGAUGAUCAUGGAUUAUGGAACUGACAUUGCCAGUUGUAAAUUCUAUUAACAAAGUGAAAGUAGGAGGCUUGGUGGGUUGAUUGGUCUGCAGUCUGCACAAUGCAUGUUCCCAUCAAUUUUACCAAUUUGCAUAACUUAAAAAUUUAUUUAUGAGAUAAUGUUUAUUUAUUUUUUGA